UGUAGCUAGGGUUUUUAUCCAAUGUUCUUGGCUCGUCGGAUAGAUAAAACAUCGCAGUUUAUUAAUAAAACCCCUUAGAACUAAAUCUCAACUUCUGCUGCCAUCUAAUUCCCUUGCCUCCGCCGCCCAACUUUACUCCUUUUCUUCUCCCAAGCUAACUAUCCCGUCCUUCUGUCGUUUAAUCGGAGAUAGAUAUUCACAGUCGCCGGCCUCUUAAGAUCAGCGUCGGCAAUGGCAGCAAUGGCAAGGUCUUUUCUUCAGGUAGCCGCAACAGAGGAGGUUGCUCCCCCUCUUCGAGUUGUUCAGAUCGAGGGAUUGGUUAUUUUGAAAAUAAUCAAACACUGCAAAGAAUUUUCUCCGGCUUUGGUCACUGGCCAACUUCUUGGAUUGGAUGUCGGUAGCGUUCUUGAAGUUACCAACUGUUUCCCUUUUCCGAUUAGGGAGGAGGAUGAAGAGAUUGAAGCUGAUGGUGCCAAUUAUCAGCUUGAAAUGAUGAGAUGCUUGAGGGAGGUUAAUGUUGACAAUAACACAGUUGGAUGGUAUCAAUCAACAUUGUUAGGUUCUUUCCAAACUGUGGAAUUGAUUGAAACCUUUAUGAAUUACCAGGAAAAUAUUAGCCGUUGUGUGUGUAUAAUUUAUGAUCCUUCAAGAUCAAAUCAGGGUGUCUUAGCUCUCAAGGCCUUGAAGCUUUCUGAUGCUUUCAUGGAAUUGUACCGCAAUAAUAAUUUCACUGGAGAGAAGUUGAGAGAGAAAAACUUGUCAUGGGUUGAUAUUUUUGAGGAGAUUCCUAUCAAAGUUUCAAAUUCUGCACUCAUCAGUGCCUUUAUGACUGAGCUAGAAGCUGAUUCACCUGUGACCCAGUGCGACUAUGAUCGUUUGCAAUUAUCAACCAAUCCAUUUAUGGAGAGAAAUGUUGAGUUUUUGGUUGAAUGCAUGGAUGAACUGUCAAUUGAACAGCAGAAGUUCCAAUUUUAUUAUAGGAACCUUUCACGCCAGCAAGCUCAGCAGCAAGCAUGGCUUCAGAAGAGAAGGUCAGAAAACAUGGCACGGAAAGCUGCCGGAGAGGAGCCUCUGCCUGAGGAGGAUCCUUCAAACCCAAUCUUUAAGCCAAUCCCUGAGCCAUCGCGGUUGGAUAGCUUCCUUAUAACCAAUCAAAUUUCAAAUUUUUGCAACCAAAUCAACGGGGUUGCUGGGCAGAGCUUCAGUCGAUUAUAUUUGAUGAAGGCUUUACAUGAAGGCUGAUGUUAAUUUCAGCUUGGAAGUGUCUAUUCUCGGAUGCCAUACCUGUUUGAAAAUGGAAAAUUUUGGUGCGGGAAAGAAAGCUAUACAUUGGUUAUUGUGAGCCCUUCUCCAAAGCGAUUAGAUUGUUGGCUUAGUAUUGUAUCUUGAUUAUUGUCAGCCAGCCCUUUUCUUAGUUGGUUGGCUUAGUAUUAUAUGUUGAUUUAAUAUUCUACUUAGCUUCGUUAAUCUGACAUGUGGACAAUAUAAAAGCAAAAUUAAGAUGUGAUGACACUGAUUUUGUUGCGAGGGGGCGGUGGAAAAAUAGGUUAUUUUUCCUUUUCAGUGUUAGAUGGGAGGGAUUGGAUUUGUAAUGUGUCGCAUACAUGAAGGGGAAGAGGAGACAUUAUUAGUCUCAUGUCAUGGUGGAGCGUUUCCCAACAAAACAUGUAAGUGAACCCAGUGAGACAAUUAGGGAUGAAAGGUUUUAUUUAAACUUGAGUCGCUCUCAAUUUUUUUUA